CACAGCCAACUCAAGUCCUGGUCAGUGGCUGAAGUCUGAGGAUACCCCCAUUUUGCCCUCUUUUGCGAUCUGGGGGGUUAUCCAAAAGACAAUAUACAACAUCGCUUUUAUCUGAUAUUUUUGUUUUGUUUCUCGAAAAAAAAAAUACUUCGUUUAUUUGCAUUGCUCUGCUUGGUUUUAGGUGGGCCAAAGCUCAUCGCCAGCGGUGACCAUUAAGGUUGAGGCUGUAGGGUGUGAAGUUCUUAAUUGUAAGAGGCGCGGACCAGUGGAAGACCCCUGGAUAACAUCUCCUUCCUCACUGCACGAGACAUGAAAGAUGAUGCCGAUGAUUAAGCUCGUUAGAGGAAUAAUGAUCUGACAGUGCAAUCGUGCCGAUUCUUUUGCUGAAAUUGAUAGAUGCGCUUCGGGAAUUUCAGGAGCCCGUUCCCCUUCACUUAAAGAGUCUCCUGGGAUCCUCCUCCGCGUUAAUCCCUCUCCAUCUCUCCAAGUGCCACUCCGAACAGGAAAAAUCCACAAGAGCGAGAACACUGUGUAUUUUCUACACCAGCGCGACGUUUUGAUUCUCACAUUUUUGGUUCUCUCUCUCUCUUUUUGAGUUGGACAGCCUCUGAUUCAUGAUGAUUUUCUUCAGCGGACAACCCGCCUUAAUUGUCAGCACUAUAUUCCAGUGAUUUACGAAUAAGUCGCGAGAAACUGAGAAGAGGAAUUCAAAUAGGGAUUCCAAAAGUGCACAGUUCAAGAUUUGGGGUGGUUACCAGGGAUUUAAGUCGUCAUGGCAACCGUCCCCAGCUACACCCCAUCAAUAUGGGUCCGGGUGUGUCAUGCCCUUCCUCGUCUGGACCUCACCAUGCAGAUGCGGGAUAAUUCCUUCACACCAGACAGCUGGGAGUACCAACAGACGCUGCUUGUCCUCUCCAGCUUCUCUGCCAUCGCCCUCAUCCUCUCGCUCCUCGUCGUCCUCUCCUUCCUCAUUCACUACUGCUGCUGUCACCGCGGUGACUCGGGCAAUGCCUCCGACGAAGAGGAGGAAGAUGAUGAUGCUAGUGGUGGUCAUGGAUACAGUGGGAGAAAGGGAAGGGGCAUCUGUUGUGUCACAUGGGUUUCGGUGGCAGCGGUCACCCUUUGCUGUGUUGCCAUAGGCGUUGGUUUCUAUGGCAACAGCGAGGCCAACGAUGGGAUGUAUCAGUUGACCUCGUCUCUGCUCACAGCCAAUUACACGCUGGCUUCCAUCGAUCUGCUGGUGACCGACACCGUCUCUGGGCUGCAGCAGUCCAUCUCCGGGCCCCUGACCUCCAUGGAGGACCUGUUCACGGGCAACAAGCCGGCGCUGGUGUCCACCCGCUCCUGCCGCCGGCUGUCCGAGCGGGUGGUGUCCCUCCUGUCCUCCCUGACGCUGGCCCGGGGACUCGUGUCCACAGACGGAGGCACGGGGAACGGCAGUGACACUAUCAUCGGGAUGCUGACCCCAGCGCCCCCCUCCAUCGCCCCCACCCUCUCGCCUGCCUCUGCCCCCCCGGGGCCGUUCUCACCUGGCUGGGCUGCCAGCACCCUCAUGGUGAAUGAGGACUACAGGUGGCUCUCGUAUGUCUUACUGCUCCUGCUGGAUUUGGUUGUGUGUCUGUUCAUCCUGCUGGGGUUGGCUAAACAGGCACGGUGGCUCCUUAUAUUGAUGACGGUCUUGGCCUGGUUGGCUCUCUUCCUGAGCUGGGGUUCGCUGGGCCUGGAGACGGCCACCGUAGUGGCUCUGAGCGAUUUUUGCACGGAUCCAAACACAUUUGUCCUGAACUCCACUAACUUCAACACGGGAACAAGCACAGAUAUAUUGGAUUAUUACCUCACAUGCAGUAGGAGGAUGAACAGCCCUUUCCAGCAGCUGCUGACUCAGUCACAGAGGGCGCUGUCCAGCAUCCACUCCCACCUCUCCACGCUGGAGAGAGACGCCCUCCCCCGGUUCCCAAAGGCAGAGAGAUCGCUCAGGGACGUGCAGCAGAUCCUGAACUCAACGGAGGGGAACUUCCAUCAGCUCGUGGCAUUACUCAAUUGUCGGGGGCUCAACAAGGACUACAUCGAUUCUCUGAAGGGUCUGUGCUAUGAUGGGAUGGAGGGCCUGCUCUAUCUGUCCCUCUACUCGUUCCUGUCCGCCCUGGCCUUCACUGCCAUCCUGUGCUCACUCCCGGGGGCCUGGAGAAGCUUCGCCAGUGACUCAGAAGACUACGAAGACUCUGACAGUGAGAGCGAGGACCCCUUCACUUCUCAUCAGGCACGUAGACAGACGGCCAUGGGCUCUCAGCGAGGGGCCUUGCCCCCCUUCUAUAGUUACCAGGGGGCCGGCUGGACACCCCCCUUUUCUAGCGCGCCACCCCUCCCGUGAGUAACACACACACAGACACACAGACAGACAGACAGAGUGACCCCACCCAAAACUGAGCCCAGACGCUGUGCUUGACAGCUUUGUACACUCACAGACUGACUGUGGCUACUGCUUCCAGUUCAGCCACACGUCUAAAUAAACCUCACUAAAUGCAGUGUGCUGACAAUCAUUUGACACCACAGAGGUGCAAGCACAGAGCUGACAAGUAAAUCACCCACACAUACACAGCACCACCAGCUGGCUCAUAUUGGUCCACCCCUGUAGUGCUACUUGCAUGAAUGCACAAGCAUACACAUACUGUAGGUAGGUGCAGUAAGCCCCACAAUAGCAUUCAUCUAGGUCUUACCCUCCCCACACACCCACCCAAGCAUGGGAAGACAUUUUAUAGUGACACACAACAUGUAGUCAGCCUGAUGUAAACACACAGAUUAAUCCUUGUGUAACACACACACAGACAGACAAACAGACAGGUCUAUGGCGACUGCACUUUAGGGAGAAUAUAGCAGACACAACCCGAGAAGUCUGUCUGUCUGUGUGUCUGUCUAUCAGUCUGUCCUUCAUUCCAAGACAGAUGUAGAUCGCUCACUCAGAAAGAAUAUGAGAAGAGACGAAGCAAAAUGUCACAGUAUGUAGGUAAACGCCCUCUGUCAUCCCCUCAUCCACCAUUCAAGCCAUGGUGUCCAACUUUCAUUUUAUCAGCUAUCAGCACUCUCUCCUUUUUCUCCUUUUUCGUUUGUUUGUUUGUUUGUUCUUUCUUGCUCUUUCUUUUUUCGCUCUUUUUCUUCCACUUUGAUUUGUGUGCGCUGAAGACUACGUCCUUAUCCGAUUGGUCAUUGGACUCUUAAGUGCAGGUUUCUUAGCAAGUCCCAUCUGUGUUACUGUGCACUGCUCCCUCCUGCUUUUUUUCACGGCACAGUCCACCCUUAGUUGACGCGGGGAGAGCUUGGGGAUAUAGGCACCACCACCACACACAAAACAGACCAGUCCACCCCCAUUUCCCUAGACACGAGGACCACCCCACCUCCCAUUCCCUCUGCAGUCACCUUUCCUUUGCAGUAAUUCCAACAGCUCAUGGUACUGCUAUGGAGAUGAAUGAGUACCUCUCUAACUAUCUUCCUCUCCUUCUCUCUCUGCCCAUCCUUGGCCCUACCUCUGGUCCUGUCCUCUCUGCGUCCCUGGAUGCGGUUGUCGCACGUUUUUUUUUUCUUGUCCGUCCUCUUCCUGUCCUGCUCUGGCUCCUCCUCUCCUCUCCUCCCUCUGUCCUCUCUGUCCCUUUCUCUCUGUCUCU